ACUACCCAACUCAACCGCACACAGCAAACACCCCGCUACGAAGCCAACCGGCGAUUUUCCAGCAGUUAGAGUCAGUCGGAACUCGGACGCAGCCGACGGUCAGUGCGCGUGCGUCGCCCCGCUCCAGUGAAUCUGUGACAGUGCCAAGCAUAACAACCCUCAAAAUGACUAAAUACGUCACAAUCCCAUUAGUACUUUGUGCAUGCGUGUUGCUCACAUCGGCGCAGUACAACCAAUUUGGUUUCGGUUUCUCAGACGGCUAUCUGACCAACUUUGGGCCUCCGAGCUUAAACGUUCUAUCUGCAGCAGCGGCUAGAGACCCGAGGGCUAACACAGGCCCAGUAGUGUUCCCACCAUCGCCAGCCGGCGACCCAUCCCAGACCAGCGGAGUAGUUCCCGGUGCGUCCGGCUAUGGCUUCCAGCCCCCGAACUCCCAAGAACGUGUCCCAAGAUAUUUCUUCAGAGGAUUCUACGGGAGAAGAUAAAAUCUAUAUGAAAUAUUUAUAUAAAAUAAAAUCCACAAGUACCUACCCUAUGUAUAAUAAAACUUUCGUAUUUGUACAGUUAUGUUCAGUAGUACAAAAGUUAAAUGAUGUAAAUAAACAUGUAAAUCUGUGAUAUUUGUGUGAAGGAUAAUAAAAUUAAUACUUUAUUUAAAUUCGCAAUAGAAAUAGUUAACAAUUUAUUCGUUAACGACAUGUUAUGAGUGGAUUGGGAAUUUAAAUUAUUUGUACGUUUGUGUCUUACAGUCUCACGAUUUGUAAAUAAUUAAAAUAAUAAGAUAAA